AUGACCGGACCUCUAGAGUCCCUCAACGCCCGUUUUCCCUGCCGUGAGCGUCAGAUAGACGGCCUUGCUGCUCUUCUUGGCCAGGAUGACAUCCCGGCGCCCCCAGUACUAGUGUUAUAUGGCACGGAAGCCACUGGAAAAUCAACAAUCGUCAAAGCAGUCCUAGAAGAAUUCGAAAUUCCAUAUGCAUACGUAUCAUGCAAGGAGUGCAUUACUGCUCGACAUGUUUUCGAAAAGGCGUAUACGAGCUGCGAUGCUCUAAUCUCCAAUGGCGAGGAAAAGGGGAGACAAAUUCGGCCAGAUUCGGUAAAUGCCUUAGCAGGCCAGCUUCAAAAGUUAAUACCCAGCUCUGGAAAAAUCGUACUAGUACUUGAUGCUAUUGAUAAACAGAGGGAGGUGACACCGACAAUGCUGUCGGGAUUAGCAAGGAUAGGGGAAGUCAUUAGAAACCUUACUGUCAUCAUGAUUGUUACCGUGUCCAGUACCCGUCUGUUGAACAUCUCAGAACCUCCAUCAAUCUACUUCCCAGCUUACAAUAAGGAGGAAUGCGUCAAGAUCCUCUCCCUCAACCCGAAAUCCAUCUUCGAAGUGGACGAAGAAGACGAAUACUCCGAAGAAAUGGAGCAAGAAGACCGAUGGUUAUGGGCGCAGUGCUGCUCCGCCGUAUGGGAUAUCAUGGGCAAAUACGCAGCCAGAAAUUUGAAUGCAUUGAAGGAUGUAGUGGAUGAACUAUGGCCUUCUUUGAUCCAGCCGAUCGUGGACAAUGAAUACGGGACCCGCGAUUUCCCAAAGCUAUUUAACAGGUUGAAGAAUGAGAAGCUACGGAAUAGCGAGGAGUCAUAUGUUAGCAUGCAAAUUACGAGGGCGCCCGUAGACACAGCUACCGACGCGACACCCUUAGUACCAAAUCGUGCCCAUGAUCUUCCAUAUUUCUCGAAGUAUUUACUUUGCGCAGCUUACUUGGCAUCUUUCAAUACUGCACGUUAUGAUGCAAGAUAUUUUUCAAAGCUUGCUGAGGGUCUGAGCAAGCGAAAGCGUGGAAGAAAGAAGAAAAAUACAUCCCGCCAGUUGAAUCGCAAACACCUUGGUCCCCGACCCUUCCAGCUAGAGCGUAUGAUGGCUAUCUUCCAGUCCAUACUACCCUCGUCUGUCCUUUCAUCGGUGGACAUCGGGAGCCAGAUUGCGACACUGAAUUCCUUACGACUCAUCCGUAAGGUUUCCAACGUUGCUUCUGCAACCGACGCAUCAUCAAAGUGGCGGGUUAAUGUUGGGUACGAAUAUGUGAAGGUUGUUGGAAGAAGCGUAAAAUUUGAUCUUGAGACUCAUCUUGAAGAGUGA